AUGGCCUCAAACCCACGGCCAGGCAGCUCAAAUACCAUUGCGAGCGAGCUUUUUCACCACAAACCGCACCAUAACGCCGCCAGCCAGAGCUUACCGGACCCACCGCCGCUGCCGCCAAGUGUCACACCUAGCGGUGAUGCUUCCCCGCAGCUGCCUGCCAGCUUAGAAACUGCGAACGAGUCCGCUCGACACCAACGGGAACAUAACACGGCCAACCAGAGCUUACAGGACCCACCCUCGCUGCCGCCGAGUGCCACUCCGAGGGGCGAUGCUUCCCAGCAGCUGCCUGCCGGCCCAGAGGCUGUCAACGAGCCCGCUCGACACCCACCGGACUACAACACGGCCAAUCAGAGCUUAGCGGACCCACCGCCGCUGCCGCCGAGUGCCACUCCGAGGGGCGAUGCUUCCCAGCAGCUGCCUGCCGGCCCAGAGGCUGUCAACGAGCCCGCUCGACACCCACCGGACUACAAGAGUGUCACACCUAGCGGUGAUGCUUCCCCGCAGCUGCCUGCCAGCUUAGAAACUACGAACAAGUCCGCUCGACACCAACGGGACCAUAACACGGCCAACCGGAGCUUACAGGACCCACCCUCGCUGCCGCCGAGUGCCACUCCGAGGGGCGAUGCUUCCCAGCAGCUGCCUGCCGGCCCAGAGGCUGUAAACGAGCCCGCUCGACACCCACCGGACUACAACACGGCCGAUCAGAGCUUAGCGGACCCACCGCCGCUGCCGCCGAGUGCCACUCCCAGGGGCGAUGCUUCCCAGCAGCUGCCUGCCGGCCCAGAGGCUGUCAACGAGCCCGCUCGACACCAACCGGACCAUAACACGGCCGAUCAGAGCUUAGCGGACCCACCGCCGCUGCCGCCGAGUGCCACUCCGAGGAGCGAUGCUUCCCAGCAGCUGCCUGCUGGCCCAGAGGCUGUCAACGAGCCCGCUCGACACCAACCGGACCAUAACACGGCCGAUCAGAGCUUAGCGGACCCACCGCCGCUGCCGCCGAGUGCCACUCCGAGGGGCGAUGCUUCCCAGCAGCUGCCUGCCGGCCCAGAGGCUGUCAACGAGCCCGCUCGACACCAACCGGACCAUAACACGGCCGAUCAGAGCUUAGCGGACCCACCGCUGCUGCCGCCGAGUGCCACUCCAAGGAGCGAUGCUUCCCAGCAGCUGCCUGCUGGCCCAGAGGCUGUCAACGAGCCCGCUUGA